AUGCUGCGUGUGCACCUUCGACUACCACUGGGCGCGAUGCUGCAGCGCGUCCCCGUAUCUGCACUCCUCGUCGACAAGGCAAUGGCAAUGGCAAUGCCAACGGUGGCGAUGGGAGGCGGGUACCAGGCGCGGCGGAGCCUGCACGGCGGCGGAGACUCGCCGAGCAAGUGGAGGAUGCCGGAGGCGGGGCGCCUGAAGCUCAACUUCGACGGGUCCUCCAGGCACGCGUCCCAGAGCGCGAGCAUCGGCGGCGUGUACCGGGACCACAAGGGCGAGUUCGUGCUGGGCUACGCGGAGCGGAUCGGCGCGGCCACGAGCUCCGUGGCCGAGCUCGCCGCGCUCCGGCGCGGGCUGGAGCUGGCGCUGGAGAACGGGUGGAGCGGCGUCUGGGUCGAGGGCGAUGACUUGUCUGCCGUGGAAGCCGCGCGGGGAAGCCACAGGCGUCCGCGCCUGGGCAGGGCGGAGGAGGACCUCAGGCUGUGGAAGGAGAUCGCCGAGCUGCUCCCGCUGCUCGGCGACGGCAUGGCCGUGUCGCACGUGCGCCGGGGAGGGAACAGGGUGGCGCACGGGUUCGCGAAGCUCGGCCACAGCGUGCCGCGGCCGCGGGUGUGGCGCGGCGUGCCGCCCGCCGAGGUGCUCAAGUACAUUCAGCGGGACGCCGGCAGGAAAUAG